ACACGUUUGACAAUUUAGAGGCAUUGUCGUGGAUGACGUUCAACAGGAAAAGAGCGACUGCUGGGGAUCUAUCUAUAUCAACAAAUAUCCUUUUUGAAUUUUAUCUUUUACGAAAAUGGCGCGCAUACUCCCCAAGGAUCGCAAACGAGAUAUAUGGGCGAUAAUUUUAUUAAGCGUUGCUUUCUUGGUAGUUGCGUCGUUGUCGAUUUAUGCCGUGGUGGCCAGCACGAAAAAUGAUCCAGAACCUCCGACUUCUUCGCCAACUAUAACCUCUCCUCCGGACACAACUUCUCCCCCGGACGGCCCGGAGACAACUUUUCCUCUGCAGACAACUCCUCCUUCGUGUACAACCCCUUAUCCAGAUAUAACCACUCCUUCUACAAGCCCUAUUCCGAAUACAACCCUUAAUCCGGAUACUACCUCUAAUCUGGAUACAACCUCUCAUCCGGAAGCAACCUCUUCACCGGAUGAAACUCCAGCUCCGGAAACAACUCCACUUCUGUGUACAACCACUCCAAUGUCCACAAUCCCCCCUACCUCUACAACCCCUCUUCCGCCGUAUGAAGGUCCUGUCGCCUUUCACGUCUAUAGUCGAGGAAGCUAUGCUGAAGUGAACAACACUAUCCGUUAUGAAAACUCGUACGUUAACACAGGAUCGAUGGACUUGACAACGGGAGUCUUUCGCGCGCCCACUGAUGGUACAUACGUCUUCAAUUUCGUCGCGCCUCGUUCUAGCAACAGCAUGAACGACUUUUGUCUGAACGUCCGACUGGAUCGAAAUGGUUUGCCGAUUGGAAAUGGUCCCAUUUGCGGAUAUUCCUACGACGAGUGGACGCCGGCUUCGUUCAAUGCCGUUCUCAACCUGAAAUUGAAUGACACUGUCGAAAUAUUUCUGGAGCAAGGAGCGAUCAAAGCAAGUAAGGGGUCAGAUCCUCCGCGCACCCAUUUUACAGGAUUUUUGCUGGAAGAAGAAUUAGCAUUCCACGCGUAUCGGACUGUUGAAUCCUUCGCCAGCAGGAAGAAUGAAACAAUUCCUUUUCAUGGGCUUAACACGGACAUUGGGGACAAUUUUGAUCUAGCAACGAGCACAUUUAUCGCGCCAGUAAAUGGCGCUUACUUCUUUCAGUUUUCCGGGUCCAGUAAUAUCACUACGGACGUGAUUUUAGUGAGGAACGACGACGAACCGAUGGGUUAUGGUUACACGAGAAACACUCACUGGGGAUCUGCCGGUUUUCAUACUUUGUGGCCAUUGCAGAAGGGCGACAAGGUCUACGCCAGACUAAAUACGGGGCAACUUGACGAAGCUGACAGAGAUUUGAAAAUUACGAACCUCUUGGGCUUCAUCGUAUCAAACGUAAUGUCUGAUUCAAUGAACUCAACGGUUCACUUUCACGUCAUUCGAACUUCCUCACUCUACACGGGUAGACCUGACGGCAUUGGCCAACUCAUCAAUUACACUAGAAUAAUUACAAACGAAGGAGAAGGAAUGAACGCAAGUUCCGGAAUUUUCAAGGCUCCGGAAUCGGGGUUAUAUGCAUUCCAUUUUACUAGCCACCGGGGUAAUUCUUACAUCGGUCCCAAUGCGUGUAGCACAGUUAUUCAAAUGCGCAACAAUGAAACAAUUGGUGCUGGGAGCAACUGUCACUCGACGUAUUCCGCACCAAUUUUCUUUCACUCGGUUCUAUUGCUCCAGACCAAUGAUGAGAUAAAAAUUCUAUUGUAUGAAGGUGACAUAAAUGCCGUUAUUGAUCAUCAAAUGUCUGCCCGUUUUUCAGGAUUCCUCAUUUAUUCCACUUAAGGUAACACACUAACACCAUCCUUUGAAAUAGUUGUUAGUAAUGUGUAUUGACUAAUGCAAGUUAUCUACCCUUAUUUAGAUUGGAUUUAAUGGAUGCGAUUUAUACAAUAAUUUAAAAUACAAUUCUGUACACAAUUAAAACAAGUUUUUACAGAGAUCACAAUUUUAUACAAGAAUUAGCAAAAUUCGAUUUCCAUGACGAAAAUUGCUGCUCAUCAUAACCCCAACUCAGAGCUCACCUAGGCUAGCGGAGCUGUUUGAA